CGUGGGUGCGUCGCCGGUGGGCGGAGCGGUGAGCUCCUUCCGCCCCGCCGCCGCUCGACAGGCGUUACUGCCGGCUGCCGCACAGCCGCCGUCGCCAGGAUGAUCCCGCCGGUGCAGGUCUCUCCGCUUAUCAAGUUCACCCGGUACUCGGCCCUCUUGGUGGGGAUGAUCUACGGCAAGAAACGAUACGACUACCUAAAGCCUAUUGCUGAGGAAGAGAGAAGAAUAGAGGCUGAAGAGAAAAAGAAGCGUGAAGAACUUGAGCGGAUUGCAAAAGAGCUUGCGGAAGCAAGUGAAGAGUCCAUACUGAAAUGAACAAAAGAUUGGAUCAUAAUUUCAUACAUGGAAAUACAUGGCUAGGCUCUGAACUGUUCAGUGGUUGAUGGACUCUGUAUGCUAGUUUAUCAAUAAAGUGCUUUGAAAAUUUCA